CACUUUCUAUUUAUUUUCUGGGUUCCUCUGAAUCAAAAAAAAAAAAAGCUAACAACUUUCUUUUCAUUCGAAUCAUUCUCGAUUCCUCUUUUUUCUUCCUAAAAAUUCAAUCUUUUGAAAAGUGCGAGUAAAACCCAUUUGAAAUUAUGUUUGUUUCCAAUUCAAAUUCUCAACCUUUGAUCCUCAAAUUCUGAAGAAAAGUGUUGUCUAUUUUUGGUAAAAAACAGUUUCCUCUUCAAGUUGCAGAGAGAUAUAGUAAGUGAACGAAAAAAAAAAUUCCAGAGAUGGUGUCACAUGAAGAGAACGUAAGUAUUGUGGAAUGGUUUCUUGGUCCGCCUUCAUACACGUUUCCUCCUUAUGGAGUUGAGUUGAUUCAUGAGCAAGACCAAUCCCAUCAUCAUCAUCAUCAUCAUCAUCAUCAUCAUCAUCAUCAGAGUGGUGAGUAUUACAGAGUGUAUCAAGAUCAUCACACUAGCAGUGAUGUUGACAACGAUGAGAUCAUUGCAAGAACACUACAAGACGAUUUUUUGCAGCUUCAAAUUUCAGAUGAUAAUAAUAACGAUUACUCAAAUCAUCAUCAACAUCAACAACAAGAAGGUUAUACUCACAAUUAUAGCAUUAAUAAUAACGAAUAUGGUUGGAACGAUCAACCAACUAGGGAUUACUCUUCAGAAUGGGUAGGAAAUGAUAAUGAUCAAGAUUGGAGGAACGAUGAUUCUCCUAAUAUCUAUUCAUCAUGUUCAAGCCCGAGUGACACGGAAGAGUAUGUGUACUCGUGGGAAUCAGAUCAGUGUGAUACUGAUGGUGAAUUUGGGAGGAGGUUGAAUCAGAUGGUCCCUAUUCCUUAUGUACCAAAAACAAAUGGAGAGAUACCUCCUGAAGAAGAAGCAGUUUCAGAUCAUGAUAGACUUCGGAAUAGAUUAGAGAUGUUUGAUUUCGCCGAGGUCAAAGUUCCAGGAGAUGGUAACUGCCAGUUUCGUGCUUUAGCUGAUCAACUAUAUAAGACAGCAGAUCGUCAUAAACACGUUAGACGACAGAUCGUAAAACAGCUCAAAUCUCGUCCAGAGUCUUAUGAAGGAUAUGUGCCUAUGAAGUUCUCUGAGUAUCUAAGGAAGAUGUCUCGGAGCGGCGAGUGGGGCGAUCAUGUUACAUUACAGGCAGCUUCAGAUGCGUAUCGGAUGAAAAUAGUAGUGCUAACAUCAUUCAAGAAUACAUGCUAUAUUGAAAUUGUUCCCACCUAUCAAGAAUCCAAAGGAGUAAUUUUCUUGAGCUUCUGGGCUGAGGUUCAUUACAACUCCAUCUACUUAAACGGAGAUACAUCAGCAACAGAGCUACAGAGGAGGAGAAAAUGGUGGCGUUUCGGAAACUAGAUGAGACUAUGGAUCAUCAUCAUCACUGAGAUAUUAAUAUAUAAAUAUAUAUUUACUUGAGAGCUAGAAAGAUACCUUUGAAAUAGUUCCUUUGUAUAGAGGAUGAACAAAGCUACAACAAUAAACGAAAUAAACUUUUUUUGCGAAAGAACAGAA